GGGCGGUCAGAGGAGUGACGGCACACGGUGCGCCGCGCGCUGCUCUCACUCCCAGCUCGGCUUCUGGUGGGUUGCCCGUCGCACGUGCAGUUUGUUGUUCGUCCACGGCGGGACUACCGGCGUCGGGAGACGCAUGCUUAAAAAGACCUGCGCGCACUUGACGCCCGCUUCGGUGAUGCCAUGCCCCGGAACCACAGCGGAGACGAAGGCGGCACCGGGCUCUGGAUGAGGACCUCACCGGGGCACCGUACCGAAGGCUACGGCUUGAAGGAUGUGGAGUCCGGCGGAAAGAUGAUGAACAACGCGGGAGACGGCUUGCUGUCGGCCCCCAGCACCGCAGGUGCUACCGGGUCCGACAACGCGAGAGGGAAGCAGGGAGCCCGGCUCAGCCUGCUGGGGAAGCCACUCUUAUACAGCACCCAGAGCGGCCGGAGAAACGUGCGCUACCGGCGGCUUCAGAACUACCUGUACAACGUGCUGGAAAGACCGAGAGCCUGGGCGUUCAUCUACCACGCGUUUGUGUUCGUCUUGGUCUUCAGCUGCCUGGUCCUCUCUGUGUUCUCCACCAUCCCGGCUCAUCAGGAAUUCUCCUCCUACUGCCUGCUCAUUCUGGAGUUUGUGAUGAUUGUGGUGUUCGGGUUGGAAUUCAUCAUCCGUAUCUGGUCAGCGGGAUGCUGCUGUCGCUACAGAGGAUGGCAGGGUCGGCUGCGCUUUGCCAGGAAGCCCUUUUGUGUCAUCGACAUCAUAGUGCUGAUAGCGUCAGUGGCGGUGGUGUCAGCAGGUAGCCAGGGCAACAUCUUUGCCACGUCAGUCCUGCGAAGCCUGCGUUUCCUGCAGAUCCUACGAAUGGUGCGAAUGGACCGAAGGGGAGGCACCUGGAAGCUGUUGGGCUCUGUAGUCUACGCACACAGCAAGGAACUGGUAACCGCCUGGUACAUCGGCUUCUUGGUCCUCAUCUUCUCUUCGUUCCUUGUCUACCUUGUGGAGAAUAAGUUCAACAAUGAGUUUGCUACGUAUGCGGAUGCCUUGUGGUGGGGCACGAUCACCCUGACAACCAUCGGCUACGGAGACAAGACACCGAAGACGUGGACGGGGCGGAUGCUGUCCGCAGGGUUCGCCCUCCUCGGCAUCUCCUUCUUUGCCUUGCCAGCUGGUAUUCUGGGUUCAGGCUUUGCCCUGAAGGUCCAGGAGCAGCACAGACAGAAGCACUUUGAGAAGAGAAGAAACCCAGCGGCCUACCUCAUCCAGUGUGUUUGGCGUAGUUAUGCGGCUGAUGAGAACUCGGUUUCCAUUGCUACCUGGAAGCCUCACUUGAAGGCGUUGCAUACCUGCAGCCCUACAAAGAAGGAGCAGGGAGAGUCGACCACAAGCCAGAAGUUGAGUUUCAAGGAGCGGGUGAGGAUGGCGAGCCCCCGAGGUCAGAGCAUCAAGAAUAGGCAGACGUCAUCAGUGAAUGACAGGCGCUCUCCGGUGGCUGACGCUGGCACAGAGGGCACCAGUCCCGCCAAGGUUCAGAAGAGCUGGAGCUUCAACGACCGCACGCGGUUCAGACCGUCGCUCCGCCUCAAGAGUCAGUCCCGCUCCACCACUGAUGCAGACUCCAACAUUACAGCAGAGGACGGUUUUGAUGAGAAGGGCUGUCACUGCGACAUCUCGGUGGAGGACUUGCAGCCCUCGGUCAAGUCUGUCAUCCGAGCUGUCAGGAUCAUGAAGUUUCAUGUAGCCAAGAAGAAGUUUAAGGAGACGCUGCGUCCGUAUGAUGUGAAGGACGUGAUCGAACAGUACUCUGCUGGUCACCUGGACAUGCUGUGCCGCAUCAAGAGCCUGCAGACCAGGGUGGACCAAAUCCUUGGGAAGGGCCAAAUUCCUCUGGAUAAGAAGAUUCGAGACAAGCUGCUUUCUGAUGGCGAUAUACUGGAGGACAUGAGCAUGCUGGGUCGCGUCUGUAAGGUGGAGCGACAGGUCCAGUCGAUUGAGUCGAAGCUGGACUCCCUGCUCGACAUUUAUCGUCAGGUUCUGCGUAAAGGCUCGUCUUCGGCCCUCACGCUUUCCUCUCUUCCCCUCUUCGAGCUGGAACAGACUUCAGACUACCACUCCUCUGUCUUCAGCAAGGACAUGUCCUGCUCCACCCAGGUCAGCAGCAGUGGAGCGCCGCCCACCAGCGGCUUCGUCACUCGCUCCUCCACCAGUUCUCAUCUUUCGCAGGGAGGACUCCAUCUCAUUCUGGGGCCCCCCAACGAGCUCAACCUCAAUCUCAAUGCCCCCUCUUCCACGCCUCCCUCUGGCCUCGCAUCAUCCUCUUUCAGCCCAUCGCCCCUGCCACAUCAUCAUCACCAUCGCCACCACCACCAUCCCCAGGCUCAGGCCACCACACCUGAAAGUGGCACUGAUGAGGCUAUGGGGAGUUCUCCACCCAUCCUCACCCCGAACAGUGUCAGCAGUUCUGGGGACAGAGGAGUAAGAGAUGGUGGGUUUCCUCUUCUGGCGAGGCUUCCACCUCCACCCCCUCCUAACCGAAGUCACGGCCCAGGCACUUUAGUGCGAACAGCCUCCAUAGAAGUAUCCCCUGACAUAGAGGACUUUUGUGGAGGUCUUGGGACACAGAUGGAGGACAGCGGUGUCAGGAAGGACCUUGGCCUUGGGUUGGGGCUCAACAGAUUGGGGCAGCAGCUCCAAGGGAACAGCAACAGCAGGCUUAGCACAAAGGAGGAGGGAUCCUGGAGGAGACAAAUGAGCUUGGAGCUGGAGCCCCUGGUGCCACCAGCGCUGGGCUGCUGCUCUGGGUCCAACGAGAUGGACCGAGGAUUGGGCAAGUCCAUGUCGGUGCAGGAUCUGAAGCAAGCAGCCCCCACCCAUCACGGCCACAGCCUGUCAUCUCCAAGCCCCAGUACAAGCAGUGACUCCCCCAUUGGCUUCCAUAGCUGCAGCCAAGAUCCUGGGGGAGGAGGGGGUGGUACAGGCAGGAGGAGUGGAGGUGGGUGGGGUGAGGAGGACCUCUUUAUCAGUGAUAGAGACAUUGAGACGCAGGGACUUGACUUCUUGUCACAGGGGUCUGCCGAGACUCCGACUUACUCCUCGGAACUCCUGAGGACAGGCGGCAGAGCCGGAGCAGGGACCCAGGGCUCAAACCGCAGUCUGGCCAGCGGUCACGCAUCCUUGCCCUCUACUGGCAGCAACGAGUUGCUGAACAUGCCACACGUACGGCUAAAAUAGACCCAGCUACAUGUCGGGAAGGCACACCAAUCUCACCUCAAA